UAUGGACACACAGUACUGACAGCUCAUCGGCCCGCAACAUGUCUUUAAAGGUUGUAAUAUUUGCUGCUUUAUUGGCAGUGGCCAGGGCUGGAGUCGUUUCUCCUUUAUCUUACACCGGGUUGGCGGCUCCUGUAGCUGCACCAGUUAGUUUUGCUGCACGAGUAGCAGCUCCAGCAGUACCAGCACCUGUCGCACUGGCAGCACCCGUCGCCAGGACUGUUGUCCAUAACACGUACGACCCACAUCCACAAUACAGCUUCGCUUACGAUGUGCAGGACGCUUUGACCGGCGACUCCAAGAGCCAACAGGAAACCCGAGACGGAGACGUCGUCCAGGGCAGCUACUCCCUCAUAGAGGCAGACGGUACUCGACGUAUCGUCGACUACACCGCCGACCCAGUCAACGGAUUCAACGCAGUUGUACAUAAAGAAGGCGCUGUAGUCAAAGCCGCCGUCGCCGCCCCCGUCGUUGCACAUGCCGCCCCCGUCGUCGCUAAGGUCGCCGCACCAGCUGUUCCUUAUGCCGUUCCUUCGCAAGUGGGACUAGGUUACGCAGCGCCACUCGCAGCGGCCCCUUUCGGCCUGGGAUAUGCCCGUGCCGACUUUGCGAAUCCUUUGGCGUAUCCUGCUGGUCUUGGAUAUGCCUCUGGCCUCGGAUAUGCCGCUCCGUUUGCCAAAUACACUAGUCCUUUUGGCCUCGCUUCACCAGCUCUCUACUACGGAGGAGAAGUUUUAACCGAUCAUUGGAUAUUUUCGUAUACCAACGAUACAGAAAUGGUUUUCAAGUUCGUCGUUUUGGCCGCUUUCGUCGCCGUGGCUAAGGCCGGAGUUCUCAGCGCCCCCGCUGUCGUCGCCCCAGGCGCACCCUUGGCUUACGGCGGAUACGCCAGAGGACUCGGCUACGCCGCCCCUGUGGCUUACGCCGCCCACGCUGCCCCUGUCGCUUACGCCGCCCAUGCCGCUCCCGUCGCUUACGCCGCCCACGCUGCCCCUGUCGCUUACGCCGCCCAUGCCGCCCCAGUCGCUUACGCCGCCCCCGUCGCUAAGGCCGUCGUAGCCACCCACGCCGCCCCCGUCCUCGCCAAGACCGUCGUCGCUGACGAAUACGACCCCCAUCCCCAAUACAGCUACGCCUACGAUGUUCAAGAUGCCCUCACCGGUGACUCCAAGAGCCAACACGAAACCCGUGACGGAGACGUCGUCCACGGAAGCUACUCCCUCGUAGAAGCCGACGGAACCCGCCGUACCGUCGACUACACCGCCGACCCCGUCAACGGAUUCAACGCCGUCGUCCACAAGGAAGCCGCCGUCGUUAAGGCCGCCGUCGCCGCCCCCGUCGUCGCUAAGGUCGCCGCCCCAGUCGCUUAUGCCGCCCCCGUCGCUUACGCCGCUCACGCCGCACCCGUCGCCUAUGCCGCCCACGGAUACGCCGCUCCCGUCGUCGCCAAGGUCGCCACCCCCGUCGCUUACGCCGCUCACGGAUACGCCGCCCCCGCCUACUACCAUCAUUAAAUUGUAUCAAUACGAUGUAAAUAUUUAUUUAUAAACAGAAAAUUGAAAACAAAA